UUGAAAUAUGGCCAAGUAAAUAAAAUCAUCAGCGCAAUUUUGAUUUUCGUAUAUGGUUUUCUUAAAAUAACUUUCAAUUUCAAAUAAAGCGGUUGUAUUUAACAUAGUAAAUGUAUAUAAGUCCAAUGAAGUUCAAAUUAUUGAAAAACUGGAAAAUUCCAGAUGAAACAUUUCUUCCACAUUCAAUGUACGGCGUUGGCGACAAUGACAAAACGGUUUUUAUCAUCCCGGGAGAACGCGAAGUGUUUACUGUUGCAAUCAAAAAUCUAACUGAAGUAAUCCAGAAUGGUGAAACACCGUACAAAGUGACCACGGUUAGAGCAAAUCCGCCAGCCAUGCUGUUGGGUGUAACUGUAACGGCUCAAAAUACAAUCUGCUACACAUGUGAUGGUCAACUGGCUGUUUUCAGUUCAUUUCGGAAUUGCGUACCUGUUGAGGGGAUACGUAACGUAAAGGCCAUUGCCGCUAUGGACAAAGGAUCAAAGCUUGUAAUCAUCAGUCUAAUCAACGGAGACAAAUUAAAACUAGAAGUGAUUGAAGAUCUUUGUGACGAGCGGAUCACUAAAAGUCUUGGAUGCUACGACUUAUCAUGGGAGAAUAAGGGUUUUUUGACGAAUCGAUAUGACCAAAGGCUUUGUGUAAAGACAAUCAGAGUUACAGGAAGCAAUAAGAAAUUUUUCCAGAGAUUAUUGAAUAGCAAAGAUUUUUUGGAAGAUGUAGAGAUAAUUGUCUUUACAGUAAACAGUGGACUGUUCUGGUUGAAGAUUUUAGAGGACAGCUAUGAAGUUGUAGCGAUCAAAACCUAUGCUUCCAAAAUAGUGGAAGUUGAUUUUUCUCAUAGUUCGUGUUGCUUCGCUGUAUUAUUAGAAAAUGCGAUUCUCAAUGUCAUUAGUAUUUCCAAUGAACCAGAACGUUGCCUUCUUGAGGAGGAGUAUUUCAGUCUUGGUCAUGAAGUGGAAGCUUUUAUUUUUCUGGAAGACCUAGGUACAAUUCUUUUUUCAGACGGUUACAAACUCGUCCAACUACGUUUCUUUUAUUCAGAGCUAAGCAAAACAGUCGAUAAAGAAACUAAAGAAAUAGCACUGCACGGGGUUGUUGGUAUAGUUCAUGUGAAAUUCGCUGAUGUUGCUAUUUGCAUUACAGAAAACUGUUUAUUUCAUGCAAUUUUCAUACAACACGAGUACUAUAAUUGUAAAGAUGCGGAAACAGGAAAAUAUUUUGAAAUCACUAACGAAGUUUUGACACAAGCCAAGCAAAUGACGUGUUUACUUACAAAUGAAGUGGAAAUACAUAACAAAUUAAUUGAAACCAUCAAUGAAGAACAAGCCCAAACUAAUGUCAUGAACAUCCUGUGCAACACCACCUUGUAUAAAAAAUUUGUGAGCGCUAAAUUGACACAGCACAAUCGAAUUCCAAGUACAAUUUGUGAAACCGUUUUUCUCGAAAAAACUACUAUGGACAACUGCUUAUUUAUACAUAUCGAACUAUUCCUAAAAACAGAUUUUUCUAAAGUUCUUCAAAAUAGCAAUUGGAUGAUUUCGGUGGAAGUAGACUCAUUCAGGAAACUAUUCAGACUUGAUAAAACCUUGGACAAAGAACAUGAAUGUGUGCAAAUGAUAUUACCUGUCAGAGCAAAUUAUCUGAAUCAAAAAGGAUUACCAUCGUUAGUUCUAUCUUUACUGAAGGUUGUUUCUCAUACAAAUGAUUGUUUAAUUUUAGAAAUACCUGUUAACCUACAAACAUCUAAUGAUGUAGGUCAUUCAAUAGAAUCCAGAAAGCCAAAACACAACUACGUUGUCAGUAAUCCACAUAAAGAUACAAUACCCAUGGCUAAAGCACUGAUUUGUCAAAACCAAAAUGAAAAACCCGGGGAGAAAAAAAAUAUAGAAUAUUGCUUCAAAAUUUCACAAACAGUCGAUUAUAUAUCUCAACUAUUGCAUAAAGGAAUCGGUAUUCAUGAACAAAUUUUGCAAACAGUUGCAGACGAAGAAAAUUCCUCUCUUUGGUUAGGAACAGAAAUCAUGGCUGAAAUGUGCUUGCAAAAAGAACAUGGAAAAUGUACGAUCAGAAGUUAUUACCCGGGAUUUUUACUGAUUAUAAAGCGAAGGAUUCUUCAAUCGGAAGUUGUAGACCAUAAAUGUUCACGCAACGAGCUCAUGGCUUUAAAUCUACGAUUGACGCGAAUCGAAUUGGACCUCGUUUCCAUAAUCCAACUCUAUCAGAAACAAGGAUCCCCAGGAACUGACACCCCGAAGGUACAUAUGAAUUCUUUACUUAAUAUUUUCGUAAAGAAAUGCGUAUUUUUCACAAACGAGUUAACAACUCCUAAAGAGGGCUUUUUCACUAAGGGAUGUUUUUCGAAAAAUCGAUCGGAAAAGUCGCACCGGUUAAAGGUUAGAAAUAUACUAAUAAAUAUAUUUAUUCAACGAGUUCUUUCUCGCGUAAAGUUACACUUUUCAUUUGUUAGUAUUUUUUUAUUCAGUUUUGCUUAGCUCACUUCGAUAGUAUCCCGUUUGUUAGUUUUAAGAAAAAGGAUAUUUGUUUUUUUUUUUACUUCUUUUCUGUAAAUCCAACGUUAAUUUUCCGCCAAUUUUCAUGUUUGAAUAAGUAACAAGACUGAAGCAUAUAUUACUGACUUGGAUUGCUGCAUCUUUGCUGGAAAAAUAUUCAGAUUUAAGGGGAUUCAAAUUCUGUUAUUGCAAUUGCGAUUAUUUAUUCAUUGAAUAGAAUGGUGACUGGAUCUCUCUUCUUCACCAAUACUACAAAGAAAAUUAUUCACCAUGCUAAAGUAGCUUUUUUUCAAAAAAUAUAUAGGCAAAACUUGUCCUAAAAAUAGAUCUGGUACUUACGCCCAUUUUAAAUUUCUACACACGCAUCGGGAAAGGGCUUACCUGAACUUAAUUUUUGAAUUCGAUCAACGGUUUCAAAAAACAUGUACUUGAAAUAACCCUAUUUAAUCUGACAUAACUUGCCAUAUCUUAUUGUUACUAUUGGGCCACAAAUUAUAUACACGACACACAUUAUAGAAACUUAUGUUAAAAUGUAAGCCUUUAAAUUAUAAAUAAUUUAAAACAAAUACAAUUCUUACGCGUUGACGAUAAAAGAUGCGAGAGCUUAAUUGUUUGUUCGCAUUUCGGUAGAUGCAGAUUUUGUUUGUUGCUGUUGCUGGGGAGUUUGCGUUCCAAUCGUUAUCGUACCGGGUUGAUACGAAUGUAGUUGCACAUUCCCGCAGCAACCAUCUACACCGGGUGUAACUCUACCGCCACCACCAGUACCGAGUGAGUUGAGCGAAACGUUACUGUCAGCCAGGUUGCCACUGUGCUGGUGACUGGAAUGAUGAAGGUGAUGAUGGUUGCUAUGCCGAUGACUUGCACUGCUCGCUAGAUUCGCACGGGACGAAGGCUUCCGUAUUUUCCAAGCUUUCAAUUUGGCUUCCAUGUUGUCGAGUCGUCUAAGGAGAUCGGCGACAAUACUGAGAGUUGAAACUCGAUCACUGGGUGCCAUCGGAGCGUUCAGAACGCCGGGGAUAAGGGCUGACGAUGCGUUGAUGUUUCCAUUUCUUUCAAUGAUAAGCUUUUCUUGCAGCAAAACAUAUUCGUCAGUUUGCGAAACGACAUUAUCGAGGGAUCCUAUGCUGGAUUCCAAGUCAAGUUUACUAGUGGAAUUGGUUAUGGCCACUACUGUGGGAUCCGUCUUUUUCUCACUAAGGUUGUUAUUUAAACUCUCCAUUUUGUUACUACUGAUACAAUGAUUUGCGGUGGUAUUUAUUUUCGACACGCCAGUAUUUUCAGGGUUCUCUGUUAUAUUUUUUGUCCCAGCAUCGUCAACCGGAGCUUCAGCUGAUUCGCCUUCGUCACCUUCACCCUUCGGUACAUGUCGCACUUUAAGCUCUUGUUUAAGAUCACGAGCUUCGUCCAUUAAUCUCUGCAAUUUGACUUGCAUGCGUUCCUUUUCGUCAACUUCUAGCUCCAGUAAAGCAUUCUUCUCAUAAGCUUGAUUUAGCAUCGAUUCGAAUUCCGCUACGCUUUCGCUCGCAACUCUAUUGGCGCGUUCCAAAUCGUCAUUUUUUUGUUCCAAUUCUCGAAUGUAAGCCUGUAAGUAAAUAAAUUAAAUUCACAUUCAUAAAAAGUCGGAAAAAUCACUUUU